AUGCUUUUGAACUGUGAGAACCUGUUGAAACCAAUAAAGAGCUCUUUGCAUACUGUGAAAGUCCCAUGGCUAAAAUUUCAAAAAAAGUUAUACAUUCAUAGCCUCAUACAACCAAAUAAACCUGUACGGGUUCGGUUUGCUCCUAGUCCAACAGGCUCUUUACACCUUGGAGGUUUGCGUACUGCCUUAUUUAACUAUUUAAUAGCACGUAAAACAGGUGGCUCGUUCGUGCUGAGAAUAGAGGAUACAGACAGGAAAAGGCAUGUUCCGGGUGCCGUUGAAAAUAUAUUAACCUGUUUGCAAUGGGCAGGCUUAGAUUUUGAUGAAGGUCCAGGAAAAGAUUCGCCAUAUGGUCCUUUUUAUCAGUCUGAAAGAACAGAAUUGUAUAGAAAUUAUGCAUUGAAAUUGAUCAAAGAGAGACUUGCUUACAGAUGUUUUUGCACGCCUGAACGGCUGAACAGAGUUCGGGAAAUCGCACAAAAAUCCGGAACAACCGUUUUGUAUGAUCGUCAUUGCUUAUCUAUCGAUUCGGCAGCAAUUGAAGAGAAUUUGGCCAUUGGAAUGCCUCAUACAAUUCGACUUAAGACCCCUGAGGGAGCAAUCAAAUUUAAUGAUCUCAUAUAUGGCUUAAUUGAAGUCAGUGACAAAAAUAUUGACGAUGCUAUUUUAUUAAAAAGUGAUGGAUAUCCGACAUAUCAUUUAGCUAAUGUAGUGGAUGAUCAUUUAAUGAAAAUCACUCAUGUUCUGCGAGGAGAGGAAUGGCUUCCCUCAACACCUAAACAUAUUAUUUUAUAUAAAUCACUUGGCUGGGAGCCACCUCAAUUCGUACAUUUGCCUCUUUUAUUGAAUUCUGAUAAAACAAAAUUAUCAAAACGUUCUGGGAAUGUUAGGGUUGAAGAUUUCGUGAGAAACGGAUAUUUACCUGAAGCUGUGCUCAAUUUCGUGGCUUUUUUAGGAUGGUGCCCUCCUGAUAAUGAUAAAGAAAUAUUUACCUUAGGAGAAUUGAUUUUAGAGUUUUCACCAGAUCAAAUUGGACACUCUGGCGCUACUCUAUUGAUUUCGAAACUCGAUUGGAUGAAUAAGGCACAUCUUAAACGUAAAAUGGGAUCCACGGAGGGGUUGAAAGAACUUGUCAAAAGCUUAAAACCUUUAAUUCAAGAAAAAUUCUCAGACGAAUUGACUACUCGAGGGGAAAGUUGGAAACUAGAUAACGAAUAUCUUUCGAAAGUAAUCCUAACAAUAGGUGAUCGGACAAGGAAAAUCAGCGAUAUUCCAGAGUUAUGUGGAUAUUUUUUUAUCAGUCCAGAUUAUGAUUCCUCGGAUUCUCUUGCUUUACGCGCAAAAAUUGGGGAGAAUAAUUUAAGAAUCGUCACGAAAGCAGUUGCAUAUUGUUUGAAAGACCUUAAUACGGAUGAACGUAAUAAUCUCGAUUCGCUGAAAUUAUGUAUUGAUAAUGUUGUCAGAGAAACAGGCAAGAAACGUGAUGAGGUCUUGAUGGCCUUACGUUAUAUACUUACUGGUAUCAAGAUUGGAGCAGGGGUUGCUGAAACGAUGUGUACACUUGGAAAUAAGACAUAUAUGGAACGCAUUAAUUUCUUUGUGAACAAGUUCUCAGAAUAG